UCUCUCCGGUACUGUCAACCAGCAGCGCGCCGGCGCCUCCCCUUCCCAUAUAAGUGAACGGAAUCUAUUCAUUCUUCACGCGGAGCUUGGUGAAGUAGAACCGACUGGUCCACGGGAUGUUGACAGAAUAAAAUCUACUACUUUUGAAACAUUUUUGUCGACCGUUUUCUUUCGGUAGUUUGGCUUUUACUUCGGUCAUAUCCAUCUUCAUCGCCUCCAUAUAAUCUCCGGUAUUUGGCACCAGUGAUUGUUUUCUCUCUACCUCGCGGUACGGGUGCGUUAUUACCGAAAUGAAGGCUACUACUCCCGUCCGCCCCCAGAAGGAUACCUCAAGCAGCAGCGGCAACGAGCUUUCUUUACACUACCUCUCGGAUCACAGCCUGAAUAUCAAUCGGUCUCGGUUGCAGGAAGAAGAGCAGCUGUGUCUGCAGGACGAUAUGAACCAGUGUUACAGUCGCCUCAAGCGCCUCGUACCCACCAUACCGCAGGAUAAGAAAGUCAGCAAAGUGGAGAUCCUUCAGCACGUCAUAGAUUACAUCUUGGACCUGCAGCUCGCGCUGGAGACGCACCCUUCUCUCCUGAAACAACAGACGGGGACCAUGACGGGGACGUGCCCGCCGUCCCCAGCCUCUAACCGGACACCACUAACGGUUCUCAACACAGACCACCAGAGGAUGUCAACAGGCAAAAAGGACGACUCAGUUUUGUGUCGCUGAGAAAUGGCCAAUGGUGUGCAGAGCAGAGCUGAGAGCGGAGCUGAGAGCAGAGCUGCUCCAGUCCACAGCCAGCACAGCCUCAGCCUCCAGCCAGGGAAUCUCAGCCAGCCACACGAAGCUUUAUCACACAGGGGAUCCCCCCCCCCCGCUGGAGAACCUACGACUGGCAAAUAAAAACCUAUUUAUAACACGUUUAUUAGAAACAAACUAAAGCCUGCUACGUUCAACUGACCCAUAACUUAACUGUAUAUGUCAAAUACAAUUACAACCUGAAAGGGUGACUGAGGAAUCCCUUGUUGUUGUGAGGUCUUGCUAGAAACUAGAGCUUGUUGAACGACAAAUACCAGUUUAUAAAAUGUGACAAAUACCGGUUUAUAAAAUAAAAAUAACUAAACCUACAGUGUGGAACUUUACUAAACAGGAGUAUAAUUGUACAUGUUUUGACAUCUAUUGUUUAAAAUAGAUGAUGUGUGUCGAACAAGGUUUUUCCCUGAAAUCAACAUGUUUCAUAUUGUAAAGAGGAACAAAUGACUGGAGACAAUUCAGAUUGUCUAUGUAGAAACAGAUGCUCUAGGUGGAAGAAAAGAUCUAUUAUCCUCAAAAAGACUAUUGUAAUUAUAAGAUAUUUUUAUUAAAACCUUUUGACAUGUAAAUAAUGUGUUUUUGAUUAAAUAUUAAUACUUCAAGAUGUUUUGUUAAUAAACUGUCCACAGCAGUUAA